AGUCCUCUCUCUCUCUCGUCUUCGUCUUGCAGUCUCAUCCCAACCAUACCCAGAGUGUUUCAGAAGAAUGGACGGAAGCGAUCAUGUCGUUAGUCAAUUCUUGGGUUUACAUCGUAAUUCUCUGUCUCUCUCUCGUCUCUUUCUUGCAGUAUCAUAUCUCAAUGUGAAUGUAUAUAUAUGAUGAGUGAGUGGUUGACGGAAGCGAUCACAUAGUUUGUCAAAUCUUCGUUUUACGUCGUCAUUGGGCAAUUUUGGAUUUCUCCGUCUUCACUACCCACAUUCUUGAUUUGUUGAGAGAGAGAGAGAGAGAGAGAGAUUUCUUGUACUUUCAAGUUCCCAAUUUCAAGAUUCUUAACUUGCUCUGCAGCUGUGAAUGGGUUCUAAAGAGGCAGCGGAAGCACCAAAAUCUGCGGAUAACUGCACAGGCAGCGAUGAGACGGAACGCAGCAAAGUGGGUCUCAUGAGAUCCUUUGUUGAAAAAGAAGACCCCUCUGCUAAGGAAGAGGAUGAUCUGAUGAUCAGAAGGUUUCUGCGUGCUCGUGAUCUAAACAUUGAGGAGGCCUCUGCUUUAUUCCUGAAGUAUCUAAAUUGGAGACAUUCAUUUGUCCCCAGUUGCUCCAUUUCUGAAUCAGAAAUCCAAGACCAACUUUCCCAGAACAAGCUCUUCAUGCAAGGAUUGGAUAAGAAGGGGAGACCCAUAGUAAUCGUUUUUUCUGCCAAACAUUUUCCUAAAAAAGGGGGCACAGAUGAAUUCAAGCGUUAUGUAGUUUACUGUCUCGACAGAAUAUGUUCAAGGAUGCCACAAGGACAAGAAAAGUUCGUUGGUAUCGCAGACGUUAAUGGAUGGGGAUACGCAAACUGUGACAUACGUGGAUAUAUAGCAGCUUUAUCAAUAUUGCAGGAUUGUUAUCCAGAAAGGCUUGGGAAGUUGUUUCUAAUCCAUGUGCCAUACCUAUUUCUGAAAGCAUGGAAGAUCGUUUACCCAUUUAUUGACAAGAAAACAAGGGAGAAGAUAAUAUUUGUGGAAACCAAGAAGCUGAUGUCAACACUAGUUGAUGAAAUUAAUGAAAGCCAACUACCAGAGAUAUAUGGAGGUAAAUUGCAAUUGGUUCCUAUUCAAGACAGCUAAAUAGAUGGUUCAUCCUGUGAUGUCUCUUUCAUUCAACUUUUGUGGAGUCAACUUGACAGAAUCUCUUAUAAGGCCUGACAGCAGUGGAACAAUACCAUGACAGUCGUAAUGUAUGGUAUCUCAAAAUAUGUUACGUAGCUUCAAUAUGCUAUGAAUGGCUUCCACUUUUUUUUU